CUUUCUUACAAUAACACUAGGUAGUUCCAGGAGUAAAUAACAAAUUAAACAGAAUUUAAUUGUCGGACUAUAUUAGAUUGAGUUUACUACCAUUAAGUGAAGGUUGAUUGAAUUUCGAUAUCUGCAUGGUUCCAGCAAAAUGAAUAUUUUAACUAAAUUAACAAUUUUUGUGCUUAUGUGCUAUGUAUCAGCUAAAUAUAACUGCAAGAUGGAUGGUUGUCAAAAUGGAGGAAAUUGUACAUACUUUGGAAACUGUGAAUGUGCACAUGGUUACGUUGGAUACGACUGUGGUGUUCAGAUGGCUUUAAGAAGUUUUGGACCAAGUUGUACAAUUGAAUGCAUGAACGGUGGCACAUGUUUCAACACAAACAUGUGUUACUGUACAGAGUCAUUUCACGGCAAUCGUUGUCAAUAUCAAAAAGAAAACAUUCAGUGUGGAUUGGAAGGAAUACAGAUUACAAUUAUGACCUCAACAAAAUUCCAAGGGGAGGUUACAACAAAACCUAACAGCACAGGAUGUCAGUUUAGAAAUUUCAUGGCUUCGAACGCGACUUUAUUACGAUCAUACAGACUGAUAACUCCAUUAUCACUACAAACAACAAACCCAUGUCACAGAGCAAUAAACAGAACGGUUACUCCUGAUAAAGUGACAUAUUCCAUAGAUGUAGCCGUCUCAGAAAAGGAAGGAGUAUACAACCCUCUGCGAGAUAGAAUUGUCAACUUUAAAUGUGUUUAUCCAAGAAGGAUAGGUGAAGGUUCAACACAAGAUAAUACACAGUCAUAUACUCCAGUGGAACUACUUUAUUUGGAUACUAGGCUGCAGCCUCUUACACAAGGAGUUCAAGAAGGGGAUGUCUUCUAUAUAGAUUUUGCACCUACCACAGAAUCAGGAACAAAUGGAUUACAAGUAAUUAGUAUGGAAGCAUUUAGUGUACACAAUGGCAAAGUCACCACAUUCAAGAUGAUUGAAAAAGGAUGUAUUUUACCGACAGCUGAAUCUCGUGUCAAGUCGAUGAGCCAGGUAGAAGGCACUCGUCCAAAUGGAGAAAAAAUCCACAAAACAAGAAUUGAAAUGACGGCUUUUUCAUUGUACGGAAACAGCUACCUCCAUUUCAACUAUGACCUGAAAUUUUGUCCUGGAGCUUGCCCCGAGAUAAGAUGUAUUCGACGACAACCCAUACAACCGACUCAGCAUCAACAACCUUAUCAUCAUUUUGGAGGAGGACCUGGCUUGAACAUUGUCAUUUGAUGAUUCUGUAUAGAGAAAAGAGAUAUGAUUUGGGAAAAGAAACGCAAAAUGUUGAUAUCACCAGUAGUUGCAUCUACUCUUUCAGAAUACUACAAAAACGAUCUUCGUUCUCUGACAUCUAUAUCACGCAUCUUUUCAUCGUUUCAUUUGAUCUCAUGUCGUCUAUCACAACUAUAUUAUUUCUCAAUUUUGUCGUCAAUAAUUCUACUGAAAUGGACUUGUAACUGAAAGAUGAAGACAUAUUUAAACCUUUUUAUAUAAAUACCGUAAAUAAAUUUAAUUGGUAUCUAGCAUUUCUGUCGGACUAGUUUAUACUUAUAGUGUAUUCUUGUUUAACUUUGUGCUCUUUUGUAUCAUAUGUUUAUUAUGGUUUUAUACACAUUCCACUUAUAAAUAUAACGUUCACUAAAAGUGUAAUAUAAUUCUUACAUAAAAAAACAAAACAAAUAUGCACCGUUUGUUAGAAAGGCUUUUAUUUCUUACUACACACUUUAUGGAGCUGUUAUAACUUAAAUUUCAUGUUUAGUUAAAGAUUUGCCAAAAAUUAAAUACUUUUUUUCAUAUUCUGAUUAUUAUGUAAUAUAUAUAAAACACAAUAAUAGCUACAUGUUGAAAUAAAGUUGUUGCACCAUACACAAAUUCUCGAUUAAGUGCUGGUGAACACAAUUGUUAUAUAAAGAUUUGAAGAGCAAUAUAUAACCAUGCAAGGAAGGGAAAUCAAGAUAAACUAUCCAACACAUGUGUAUAUUGUUCUGAUAGUUUGCACGUGCGAGCAAUCAAGCUUUGUAUAAGGUCUAAUAUCAUAAGAUCGUUGUUUUUUUUAAAGAACUCUAUCCAAAGUAAUAAGAAAAUCACUUUAAUCCUUAAAAACAAUAUUGUAAAAUAAAAAUCACUGAAAACACGCCCUUUCAAAGUGAAAAAUAUUUUCUCGUUAAAAUAUUUACCAAAAAAGAGAAUUCUAACAUUAUCAUUUAAUGGCAAAAAUGGCAAAAUAUCUACUAAUUUCAUAGACUAGCAGUUACUAUAGACGAUACAUAAAAUG